GCAGAUAAUUCAUCUUCAUUUGAGCACACUGCUAAAACCCCGAACAAAAAAAAAGCAGAACCCUUCUGCAAAAAAAUGCAGAAAGCCAUGGCGUUAGGAACAUCAAGAACUCUCCUUUCUAUGUCUCUUCUCUCCUCAACCAAAUUUAACCUCACCCCAUUUCUUAAAUUUCCCAAAAAAUCCGUUAGGGUUUUGUCAGGGUUUAGGCCUCUAUGCUCUUCCACAACACCAACAAUAUCAAUUGACCCACCUGAGCAGCUGAAGCACUCUAUGCUUCUUGAAAGACUCAGGCUGAGGCAUCUUAAGGACUCAAACAAACCAACCCUACAACCUAAAACGCAGGAACAAGCUGGGAGUUUUGGGGACAAAGAGGGGAAAGGUGGAGACUUUGAUAAUAAUAAGAAGAAGAGGGUAGUGAGUGUGGGUAGUUUUGAGGAGUUGGGAUUGAGUGAGGAGGUUAUGGGGGCUGUUAGAGAGAUUGGUAUUGAAGUUCCUACUGAGAUUCAGUGUAUUGGGAUCCCUGCUAUUUUGGAUGAGAAAAGUGUGGUCUUGGGUUCACAUACUGGCUCUGGAAAGACCCUGGCUUAUUUGUUACCUCUUGUUCAGUUGCUGAGACGGGAUGAGGCAGAGUUGGGUAGGCUAAUGAAGCCCAGACGUCCGCGAGCUGUUGUGCUAUGUCCUACCAGAGAGCUAUCUGAGCAGGUUUUUCGUGUAGCAAAGUCCAUUAGUCAUCAUGCACGAUUCAGAUCUAUAAUGGUCAGUGGUGGUGGUCGGUUGAGGCCCCAGGAGGAUUCGUUGAAUAACCCAAUUGACAUGGUAGUUGGGACCCCUGGUAGAAUUCUUCAACAUAUUGAGGAUGGGAACAUUGUUUAUGGUGAUAUCAAAUAUGUGGUGUUGGAUGAGGCAGACACCAUGUUUGAUCGUGGUUUUGGUCCUGAAAUUCGCAAGUUUCUUGCUCCACUAAAACAUCGUGCAACAAAGCCUGAUGGCCAAGGGUUUCAAACUAUACUGGUCGCCGCAACAAUGACAAAGGCAGUGCAGAAGCUGAUUGAUGAGGAGUUUCAAGGAAUAACACAUUUACGAACGUCCACACUGCAUAAAAAAAUUGCAUCUGCUCGACAUGAUUUCAUCAAACUUUCAGGGUCUGAAAAUAAGCUGGAGGCAUUGCUACAGGUUCUUGAGCCAAGCUUGGCUAAGGGAAACAAGGUUAUGGUAUUCUGUAAUACAUUAAAUUCUAGUCGUGCUGUUGAUCACUUCCUUAAUGAGAAUCAGAUUUCGACUGUCAAUUACCAUGGUGAGGUGCCAGCAGAACAAAGGGUUGAAAAUCUCAACAAAUUCAAGAAUGAUGAUGGAGACUGCCCUACAUUGGUCUGCACAGACUUGGCUGCGAGGGGGCUGGACUUGGAUGUAGAUCAUGUUAUCAUGUUUGAUUUCCCUUCGAACUCUGUUGACUACCUGCAUCGUACUGGGAGAACUGCUCGUAUGGGUGCAAAAGGGAAAGUGACAAGCUUGGUGGCUAAAAAGGAUGUACUGUUGGCUGAGCGUAUUGAGGAGGCAAUCAGGAAGAAUGAGAGCUUGGAAUCUCUCACUACUGAUAAUAUCCGAAGGGACAUUGCCAGGGCUAAAAUAACACAGGAGAAGGGGAAGGUUGCUAAAUUAGUCAAGACCAAGACCAAAGCUGCAUCAGAGAAAUCCUCUAGUGUCCGCACCAAGGUUGCAUCUACCAACACUGCAACGAGAAAAUCGUCAACCACAAAAUCUGGAAAAACAUCCGUAGCUGCAAAAUCUUCAAAACCAACAUUUAAGGUAUCGAAGUCAAAGUCAAAGUCCUUCACCACAAGUAGCUCCAAAAAAGCCUCAACAAGUGGGAGAAAGCAAACAGAGAACAGGACGUCUAGCCCAGGGAAAUCCAGAGCUUCAAAACUAAGAGUUGUUGGAUUUAGGGGACGAGCUUCUUAUUCUGACAAAAGAGGAUUAAUGAGGCCUAGUUAAUGGUAAAAUUUUAGAUCAGAUAUACAUUACAAUAUUUUUUUUCUUUCUUUUCCUCAAUUUUAAAUUGUUUGAAUGAAUUUUUAUAUUUUAUUUAGUAUUAUAUUUAGUUUUGUAUCUUACAAUAAUUAUCAAAGUGGGAUUGUGAUUUUGUGUCUGGA